AUGGGUUGUCCUAAUCAUAGUGGAGCUUCACCUGCGUCUCCCUUAGUGAGGCUGUUGUGUCAUGGAGGGAAAUUGUCACUUGUGUCAAUAAAUUAUGUCUUGAUCAAUGCUUUUAUAAAUGAAUUAUGUGCUGUUGCUGCUGUUAUUACUGGUGCUGCUUCAGUUGCUAGUGCUGCUGCUGCUGUUAUUACUGGUGCUGCUUCAGUUGCUAGUGCUGCUGCUGCUGUUAUUACUGGUGCUGCUUCAGUUGCUAGUGCUGCUGCUGCUGUUAUUACUGUUAUUACUGGUGCUGCUUCAGUUACUAGUGCUGCUGCUGCUGUUAUUACUGUUAUUACUGGUGCUGCUUCAGUUACUAGUGCUGCUGCUGUUAUUACUGUUAUUACUGGUGCUGCUUCAGUUGCUAGUGCUGCUGCUGCUGUUAUUACUGGUGCUGCUUCAGUUACUAGUGCUGCUGCUGCUGUUAUUACUGUUAUUACUGGUGCUGCUUCAGUUGCUAGUGCUGCUGCUGCUGUUAUUACUGGUGCUGCUUCAGUUACUAGUGCUGCUGCUGCUGUUAUUACUGUUAUUACUGGUGCUGCUUCAGUUGCUAGUGCUGCUGCUGCUGUUAUUACUGUUAUUACUGGUGCUGCUUCAGUUGCUAGUGCUGUUGCUGCUGUUAUUACUGUUAUUACUGGUGCUGCUUCAGUUGCUAGUGCUGCUGCUGCUGUUAUUACUGUUAUUACUGGUGCUGCUUCAGUUGCUAGUGCUGCUGCUGCUGUUAUUACUGUUAUUACUGGUGCUGCUUCAGUUACUAGUGCUGCUGCUGCUGUUAUUACUGGUGCUGCUUCAGUUACUAGUGCUGCUGCUGCUGUUAUUACUGUUAUUACUAGUGCAGCUUCAGUUGCUAGUGCUGCUGCUGCUGUUAUUACUGUUAUUACUGGUGCUGCUUCAGUUGCUAGUGCUGCUGUUGCUGUUAUUACUGGUGCUGCUUCAGUUACUAGUGCUGCUGUUAUUACUGUUAUUACUGGUGCUGCUUCAGUUGCUAGUGCUGUUGCUGCUGUUAUUACUGUUAUUACUGGUGCAGCUUCAGUUGCUAGUGCUGCUGCUGCUGUUAUUACUGUUAUUACUGGUGCUGCUUCAGUUGCUAGUGCUGUUGCUGCUGUUAUUACUGUUAUUACUGGUGCAGCUUCAGUUGCUAGUGCUGCUGCUGCUGUUAUUACUGUUAUUACUGGUGCUGCUUCAGUUGCUAGUGCUGCUGCUGCUGUUAUUACUGGUGCUGCUUCAGUUGCUAGUGCUGCUGCUGCUGUUAUUACUGUUAUUACUGGUGCAGCUUCAGUUGCUAGUGCUGUUGCUGCUGUUAUUACUGUUAUUACUGGUGCUGCUUCAGUUGCUAGUGCUGCUGUUGCUGUUAUUACUGGUGCUGCUUCAGUUACUAGUGCUGCUGCUGCUGUUAUUACUGUUAUUACUGGUGCUGCUUCAGUUGCUAGUGCUGCUGCUGCUGUUAUUACUGUUAUUACUGGUGCCGCUUCAGUUGCUAGUGCUGCUGCUGCUGUUAUUACUGUUAUUACUGGUGCUGCUUCAGUUGCUAGUGCUGCUGCUGCUGUUAUUACUGGUGCUGCUUCAGUUGCUAGUGCUGCUGCUGCUGUUAUUACUGGUGCUGCUUCAGUUGCUAGUGCUGCUGCUGCUGUUAUUACUGGUGCUGCUUCAGUUGCUAGUGCUGCUGCUGCUGUUAUUACUGGUGCUGCUUCAGUUGCUAGUGCUGCUGCUGCUGUUAUUACUGUUAUUACUGGUGCUGCUUCAGUUGCUAGUGCUGCUGCUGCUGUUAUUACUGGUGCUGCUUCAGUUGCUAGUGCUGCUGCUGCUGUUAUUACUGUUAUUACUGGUGCUGCUUCAGUUGCUAGUGCUGCUGCUGCUGUUAUUACUGUUAUUACUGGUGCUGCUUCAGUUACUAGUGCUGCUGCUGCUGUUAUUACUGGUGCUGCUUCAGUUGCUAGUGCUGCUGCUGCUGUUAUUACUGGUGCUGCUUCAGUUACUAGUGCUGCUGCUGCUGUUAUUACUGUUAUUACUGGUGCUGCUUCAGUUGCUAGUGCUGCUGUUGCUGUUAUUACUGGUGCUGCUUCAGUUACUAGUGCUGCUGUUAUUACUGUUAUUACUGGUGCUGCUUCAGUUGCUAGUGCUGCUGUUGCUGUUAUUACUGUUAUUACUGGUGCAGCUUCAGUUGCUAGUGCUGCUGCUGCUGUUAUUACUGUUAUUACUGGUGCUGCUUCAGUUGCUAGUGCUGUUGCUGCUGUUAUUACUGUUAUUACUGGUGCAGCUUCAGUUGCUAGUGCUGUUGCUGCUGUUAUUACUGUUAUUACUGGUGCUGCUUCAGUUGCUAGUGCUGCUGCUGCUGUUAUUACUGUUAUUACUGGUGCUGCUUCAGUUGCUAGUGCUGCUGCUGCUGUUAUUACUGUUAUUACUGGUGCAGCUUCAGUUGCUAGUGCUGCUGAUGCUGUUAUUACUGGUGCUGCUUCAGUUACUAGUGCUGCUGCUGCUGUUAUUACUGGUGCUGCUUCAGUUGCUAGUGCUGCUGCUGCUGUUAUUACUGUUAUUACUGGUGCUGCUUCAGUUACUAGUGCUGCUGCUGCUGUUAUUACUGUUAUUACUGGUGCAGCUUCAGUUACUAGUGCUGCUGCUGCUGUUAUUACUGUUAUUACUGGUGCUGCUUCAGUUGCUAGUGCUGUUGCUGCUGUUAUUACUGUUAUUACUGGUGCAGCUUCAGUUGCUAGUGCUGCUGCUGCUGUUAUUACUGUUAUUACUGGUGCUGCUUCAGUUGCUAGUGCUGUUGCUGCUGUUAUUACUGUUAUUACUGGUGCUGCUUCAGUUGCUAGUGCUGCUGCUGUUAUUACUAGUGCUGCUUCAGUUGAUCCCACCACUAGCACCACUAUUAUCACCACCAGCACUACUACCAUCAGCACUACUUGGUUGGAGUGUUUGGUUGCUCACUACAACCACAGUGAGAGGUUGUGUUAG